UGUGGUUUUCUGAAUAAUGGGUAUAGCUUCAUUUGCAGAAAAAAGAAAGAUACCAAAGAUAAUGGAUUAAGAAGCAAGAGAAUGGGGAGGUCUCAAAGGAAAAUGCUUGCAGAAGAAGAGUUUUUGCAUAAGCUAGCUUUGUCUAUAGCUCUUCAUCAGCACAGAUUUGAUGGAUCCAUAUCAAAGAGAAUUGGCUCUACCAGCUCUAGAAGACACUCUGAUCCGUUAGCGAAUAACGAAAAAAAGGUAUUGGAAUCUCUUGAAAAUAUCAAGUUUAAAAGAAUCAUUCUGAUACAUGGAGAAGGAUUUGGAGCUUGGUGUUGGUAUAAAACAAUUGCUCAGUUGGAGGAAGUGGGCCUUCUGCCUACUGCAUUGGAUCUCACAGGUUGUGGUGUUGAUCUGACAGAUACAAACACUGUCACUACAUUGGCAGAAUAUUCAAAACCAUUGAUUCAAUAUCUACAGAACCUUCCUGAAGAUGAGAAGCUUGGUUCUGCUGAACGUUUCAUGCAAGAGUCGCAAUUUUUGAUUUAUGGAAAUGGCAAAGAUAAGCCUCCUACAGGGUUCAUGUUUGAGAAACAGCUGAUGAAAGGGUUAUAUUUCAAUCAAUCACCAACAAAGGAUGUAUCUUUGGCAAUGGUUUCCAUGAGACCCACACCACUAGGUCCAAUCAUGGAGAAACUGUCAUUGUCACCCGAGAAGUACGGAUCCGGGCGGCGGUUCUUCAUUCAGACAUUAGAUGAUCAUGCUCUUUCACCAGAUGUGCAAGAAAAGCUAGUAAGAGAAAACCCAACAGAAGGAGUUUUCAAGAUUAAAGGGAGUGAUCACUGCCCAUUCUUCUCAAAGCCACAGUCUCUUCACAAAAUUUUAGUAGAAAUUGUUCAGAUUCCAUAACUUGAUUUUCAGAU